AUGUGGUAUGUAAAAUCCAAACAGUGGAAUGAUGGUUGCAAGUGGAGACUUCGUGCUCGUCGACGUAAAUCUCAUGGGAUGUUUGAAAUCAGUGUACUUGAGGAGGUUCAUUCAUGUUUAUAUGUCGAGCUUACACAGGAUCAUUCACAAUUGGACUCAAAUUUUAUGUGCAAUGAAAUUCAGAAUAUUGUACGACGUGAUCCUAGUACGUCUGUAGCUUCAUUACAAGAAGUCAUAAAAAAAGAUUUUGGAUAUUGUGUGAACUACAGACGUAUGUGGCAAGCUAAACGAAAAGCACUAAUUAAAGUUUUUGGAGAUUGGGAAAAAUCAUAUGAAGAGCUCUCAUACUGUUUGAAUGCUUUAGUGCAUUACAAUGUCGACACUCGAGUACUCUGGGACUUGAUACCUUCGAAUAAUCCUGGACAUCUUAUUGUUGGGCGAGUGUUUUGGUCAUUUGGUCCUGCAAUUGAAGGAUUUAAACAUUGUAGACCAUUAAUCCAGAUUGAUGGUACACAUCUGUAUGGCAAGUAUAAGGGAAAAUUACUUAUUGCCACCACAAUUGAUGCAAAUGGACAUAUAUUCCCUAUUGCUUUUGCUAUUGUGGAAGAGGAAAAUACUUCUAGUUGGUCGUGGUUUUUGUGUGCCUUGCGAAAUUUGGUUACCGAUCGAGAUGGAAUUUGUCUAAUUUCUGAUCGUCAUGGAGGUAUUUUGGCGGCUGUGAAAAAUAAGGAAAAUGGCUGGGUGAACCAAGAGCACAUCAUCGAUUUUGUCUCCGUCAUGUGGCUAGCAAUUUCAACAAAAAAUAUAAUUUGA